AUGCUUUCGGAAGAUUCUGACGAUUAUAUUGUACGUUUUAACGUUGUUUCGAUUAUCGACGGAUUUUAUGAAGCCUAUUCUUACCAUCAAAGGUUGGCUGUUAAACUUUUGUUUUUUUUUUCCUCCAGACCAAAUUUUCGAGUCUCCAAACUCAAAGUUCAAACGCCUUAUUGGCGGAGACGGCUCCAAAAUAUGAUUUUUGGAGAAAAUAAUCGUUACAAUUUUUAGAAAAAAAAAUAAUUAAAAAAAGAGGAGGCACUGUACCCUUUCAAAAAAAACUUCCUCUAAUAGCGUAAAAUCCACGAAAAUCUGUCUUUUCAGCUACAUCCCAUUGACACAAUGCUGGGCGUCCGUCGGCGCGAUAAUCGUAGUCUUUUUAGCGACUUUGACCCUAUCAAUAGUUCUGAAGAACUCUUCCAGAAUGAUCAAAGCCUUCCAAGUCUUCCUGGCACUUCAAAUUAUCGUCUCCUGUGCGUUGUCCGUCUACCUGGCCUUCUGUGGCCUUUAUGGUGUCCUACCGUACCCCAUAUUGUUCAAUCGUCUCACAUCCGCCAGCCACUACCGUAUAACCGGAGCUUCACUUCUUUUUCUUCUAUACUUAUUGAUGUUGGAAGUCGCUUUCUGUACAUUCACCAUGACCCGAAACGCCUUGACCGCCUCUCAAAUCACUAUAUUCGGCCUCACUCAUUCUCAAGUCAUGAUGAUAACGGAAAGAGUCGUUUGGCUGGUUGCAGCUUCGAUUAUCCUUUUUAGCCUUUAUCCAAUCAUCAACUGCCUCGAAUGGGACCAAGAUGAAGCUCAUAACAUUGCGGCAUCGGUUGACGUCCGGUUGACCGCGUUUUUCAAAAACAGUGCUGUUUUUUUCUUGGUUUACACCAAGGUUGCGUAUUAUGUCCUUAUUGAAUUUGUUAUUAUUAUUAUUGUUUUGUUUUUAUUUCUGACGACUCUCAUUUUUAUGUGAGUUUUUAUCGCGAUUUUUUAAAGCCGUGUACGUACUUUGCACGGCUUAUAUGUAUAACAGUGUUCUUUUUUUUUAUUAAAGCGACAUAAAAUUUGAACAAUCAAAAUUAAUAAUUACCGGCUUUUUAAAUUUUCAAAUGUGCUCAAAUUAUCUUUAUAUGCAGAACCCUCUGGUCAAGAAGAAUCCAAUCAACAACUCUAAAACGGCUUCAAAAAAGAAUAUUAAUUAUUGAGCUAGUGACACUGUUUACAUUCAACAUUUCCGUUGUUAUACCAAUGAUUGGGAGCUUCGCAUUGACAUUAUCCGACUUCAGAAGCAUUGCCAAGUGAGUGCGUUUUUGCUUUCAUUUUUUAAAUUCUUUGAUGGUUUGUAAUAAAACAAUUUGAGAAAAUUCCUCAAAAAUGACUUUUCGGAGCCCUCAAUCGUUAUUUCAAAUUUCCACUCCCCGUCAUUGGUAAUUUUGAGUUUGAAGCAGAUUUGUACUUUUUCAGCCUUCCAAUGGUUCUUCUUCUAUGGGCGCCUGGACAAACCUUAUGUCCAACAAUGUGUGUCAUGUACUUGACUCUUAUAACUCCAUAUCGGAGAGCGUUUUCAAGAAUUUUGCCCAGAGGGAAGAAAAAAUCGAACAUUUCGGAUAGCUCACAUCAUGUCUGCCCUAUUAUAUUUACUUAAUAAACUUUUUUUCGCGUAGAAUACAAUUUUUCUCAGAGAAAUCUCUCCGAGAUUACUUAAUUUGUCAUUUUGUAAAUUUAAAGUGACCACUUAAGUAAAGCCUUUCACAAUCGCCAACCCUACUGUUGAAGACAAAAUUUAGAAGUUUGACCACUCAACUAGAACCAACCAGAUUUGAUUUUCCUCCAUUCGGAACUUUUUUUCCUUAUCAUAAUUUAUGGAAUUAUAAGAAAUCAAAGACGAGAAAAAAGGCAGCUGCCUCAGAGUAUUCAUUGUGCAUUCAAGCGCGAAUCUACGCCGAGCUCACUAUUUUCAUAUUUUCAAUUUUGAAAAACAUGCUUUCUGAAUAUUCAGAGGAUUUGAUUUUCCCAUUCAACUUGUCCGAAAUUUUGGAUGGUUUAUACGACUCCUAUGUUCUUCAUGAAAGGUUGGAAAAAAACUUUUUAUUACGGGAAAAAUUAAUUAAUAAAGAAUCGAUAUAAAUUAUCCAAAAAGUCAUCAAGUAAAUAACUAUCAAGUAUUUGAUAAAAUCAGCAAAAUUAAAUAACUGAAGAUAGGAAAUGUAUGCUUAGAUAUUUUUUUUCUGAAAAUACUGGCAAACUUGCAAAACUUUCAUUUACAUUGGAAAAUACCCUUCAGACUGAUUAAAUCUCAAACUAUUUGAAGAUUUACAAGAAAAAAAAUAAACAAAGUAGAAUCAUUUUUUUAUAACUUUUUAUUCAAUUUAUAAACCCACUUUUUCGUAAAUCCAAUUCAUGCAACAAAAAAAACUGCUGAAAAAAAAGAAUGAACAACUUAUUCAUUUAUGGGUUUUUUUACAAAGUUCUUUGAAGCUUGAUCGAUUUUGAGAAUUCUUAAACCCAAUUGACUGACCGUGAAAAAAUAUUUAUAAACCAAUUUUUCGCUUUUUUGAAUAUUGAAAAUAAACGUACUUGAACAAUUCCAACGACGAGAACGAUUCCUUUGCUGAUUCUUAGCUGCAUGUUGCCGAUUAGAAAUAAAUAAACGAAUAGAAGAAGAUAAAAUAAACAGAAAAGAGAAAAAAAUCUCGAAAAUGUCCUAAAAAUUUCCGGAAAAAGAUCUGUUUUGACACGGCGACGCAUUACUGCGGGAGAAACGCAAAAAGAAAACGUCACUUAAAUUUUUUUCUUUAUAAUUAGCGUAUAAAUUUUUAAAAAAACCUUUGCAGUUAUAUUUUUUUAUACGCAAAAUGUGAUGAGAGUAGCUGCCGUUUUGGUACUGAUGAUCGCAAUUUCAACAAUUGUGAUAGUUCUUCGCCAGUCCGCCAAAAUGAUGAAAGCUUUCAAGUACCUCAUCGUCGCCCAAAUCCUGGUUUCUUGUCUAUUAUCAAUUUAUAUUGGCAACAGCGGUCUUUACUGCAUUUUGCCAUAUCCCAUCGCUUUCAAUUUUUUAAUUACUACUGAUUACCGCGGAAUUUCUGCAAUCUGCUGUAUUGUACUCCUUUAUUUGAUGCUUCUUGAAGUAACCUUAUUCACUUUCACCUUUUUUCGCAACGCUCUGAUUUCCGCAAGAUUCAAAGCGAAGACAGUGAUUAUAUCGGAAAGAUUGCUUUCGAUGGCUUUUUUGUUUCUUGGAGCCAUUAAUUUGUACCCGAUUAUCAAUUGUGUCGAGUGGGAACAGGAAGAAGCUAUUGGAAAAGCUGUUCUGAUGGAUCCAAGACUUGUCGACUUGAUGCUGAAAAACGCUGGAUUUUUCCUAGCCUACAGGAAGACAACGUAUUUUGUUAUUCCUGAGUUUUCGGUGUUUUUCCUGAUUUACGCCGUCUUCUGCGCUUAUCUCCUGAAGUUGCAAGUUAUUUAUUCAAACUUGGAAAAAUUCAAGACCUGUAGGAAUAAGUCCGUGUAUUUUCACAGCUUUUCAAAACUUUAUGGAAUAAAUUUAAAAGUCAAGCAGCUGUUAUGUGGAACGUUUGACAUUUAACUAGACUCUUUUUUCAGUUUUCCCUAACAUUUUCCUGCCCAAAGAACGUGGGUUGUUGAACUGGGACAGGAAAUAAGCACUCGAAAAAACUAAGAAUGCAGAAACAGAACGUGUGAAAAUAGAAAUCUUGAGUAAAAUGUUUCAAACCAUCUUUCAUGUUUUCAGAACCUUGAAGGUAACCUCGCAAACUUCGGCGACGCUGAAGAAGCUGCAAAAAAGGAUAUUAUUCAUUGAAAUUUGGAUCUUUUGUGCUUUCAUAUUCACAAUUAUUCUACCUAUCUCUGGAGCCUUGGGACUUUCCGUUUUCGGCCCGAAAUCGUUCGCGCAGUAAGUCCAAUGAACGUUCUCUUGUUAGUAAAAGGCUUCUUUAUCAGAACGCCAUAAAAAAACGCUAGAAAGGUGUUUCUGUUGAAUAUGUGAAUUGAUAGUGAUCAAAUAAUAGAUCACGUGAGAGAUAUCCCAACUAAGAGUAUAAAAGAAGUCGGGAACUCAGAUCAUCAUCACUCGUACCGCCCCGUUUCGCCUCCAGCCUCGCCGUCGCUUCUGAUAACGCACAAGACUACAUCCUGAUCGCCACUUCUGAUGUAUCUUGUGCGUUAUCAGAUAAAGAAGAGUACUCUCACAAUAGUUUUUAUUAAUCUAGGUGUGGUAAAAAGAUGAAGUUGAGGAGAGUGCGAGAAGUCGUCAGUCCGAGGCUUGAAGCGACGGCGAGGCUGGAGGCGAAACGGGGCGGUACGAGUGAUGAUGAUCUGAGUUCCCGACUUCUUUUAUACUCUUAG